AUGGGAAAGGUAAGGCAUGUUGUUCCGCUGCACAUCUUUUGUCUCGUCACACCUUCUUGCUCAUUAUUUGUCUGACAGAACAAAGAACAAUGAACAACUGGCUGCGAGAUAGACACUCAGUUGUCUGAUCCUUUGUAUUGCACAAAACGGAAUGUUCUUUCCAUUGUAUGCAUGUUUACUUCCAUUCAUAUUUUUAGAUCAUCUUCUACGAGGACAAGAACUUCCAGGGUCGCUCCUAUGAGUGCAGCACCGACUGUGCCGACCUGCACACCCAUUUCAGCCACUGUAACUCCAUCCAAGUGGAGAGUGGUAGCUGGAUGGUCUAUGAGCGCCCAAACUACAUGGGCUACCAGUACUUCCUGAGAAGGGGCGAGUAUCCCGACUACCAGCGCUGGAUGGGCUUUAAUGAUUGCGUGAAAUCCUGCCGCAUCAUCCCUCAA